GACACGUCGCGGUGGGUUUGCACUGGGGACCCCGCCGACUCCUCGCCUAGACUACAGAAGGAAACUGCAGCUGGGUGCGUGAACAGAAAUGCGUGUGAUGCAGGCUACAGAGCGACUCCUGGGCUUUCUUUGACCCCAGGCUCCAAAGAGCCUGAUGGCUGGAGCACAGGGCACGGUGAAUGAGGACCCCCAUCUGGGCUCAGGCCCAGAUGAGGAUGCCUCGGAAGUGUCUGUCUCCGGGGACGACUCCGACUCCGGAAGUAUGCUCUCAGAAGACUCGGUCCUCCCCAACUACGAGCACGACGAGAGUGGGGCAGGCCCCAGCACCACUCUGUAUGAAGCCUGUGCCAGGAAUGAGACCGUGGCACUGCGCAGAAUGCUGGAGAGGGGCGUCACACGUGAGGAGGUCAUGGAGCUGGACAUCAAUGGCAGAAAUGGCCUGAUGCUGGCAGCUUGCAAGGGUUUCAUGGAGAUUGUCUCUGGACUGCACGGCUGUCCCUUUCUAGACAUCAACCAUCAGGACAACGACGGCAACACAGCACUCAUGAUUGCUUCGCAAGCAGGUUUCAUCAGCAUUGUGAACUACAUCCUAAACUACUUCCCCGGGGUGGACCUGGAGGCACGGGACACCCGUGGCUUCACCGCGCUCAUCAAAGCAGCCAUGCAAGGCCGUGAGGAUUGUGUGACAGCACUACUCAUGGCUGGAGCCAAUGUGAAAGCAGUGGACCUUGCCAAGGGGAAGGCUGCCGAUGACUGGGCUUUGAAGACCGGUCGCUUCGAGGUCCUCCAGAAACUACGUCGUCUUGCAAUAAGGCCCUGUGCCGAGCAGUUCUGCGAGAGCUACGUCCCUGAGUGGCCAGAACUAAAGGAGCUGGUGGCCAAGGCAACAGCUGCCAAGAGCAAAGGGGAGCGGCUCACUCAGUGCCUGCGCUCAACUUUCACCUUCAGAUUCCCCCAGGAUCCCCAGGACAAUGGCGUGUUAGAUCAGAUGGUGCGCAUGACCACUAGUGUCCAUAGUCCACUGGUGGUCAUUGGCUGCCGCCCACUCUGUCCCACAAGCCCCCCAGAGGUGGGGAAACAGCGUCUGACCGUCCCUGAGCUGAUGCAGAGGCACCCCGGCAAUGAGUUGGCUGAUGGGCCCACGCCACACAGCAACGGUUCCAUCUCCUCUUCCGAGUCCUCCGUCAACUCAUCCUCGUCGGUGUCGCUGGCAUCCAGCUCCUCUGACUCCCAGCACAAGGGCAGCGGGUUCUCCAGCAGCAUGCGCAGCUACCUCCCACGCAGCCUCAGUCACCGCAACAGCGUCUUCCCAGCUGGCUGCAUCCCUCAGAUCAAGGUGACCAAGUCGGGAGAGCCCACACCCAAGAAGGAGAAAAAGAGGAAAAAGUCCAAGACGCACCUGGAGCCUCCUGUAUGGAAGUACAAGGAGGCCAAGGAGGAGAAGAAGAAAGAGAAGCUCAAGGAAGAGCAGGAGAAGAAGGACAAAGAGAAGGCAGAGAAGCACAAGAGGAAGAAAGGGAAGUAGAAGGGUCACGGGAGUGUUCGGGGCCAAGCUGUUGAGGAUGCUGUGGGCAAAGAUCAUCCAAAGUUCUCUCAUUUUCAGUGACACUAUGUGAACAAGGGGAAGGACCAUCACUUUGAAUGUCUAUAUAUUUAUUUAACAGGCUGAGGAAAGAAAAUGAGCAUAUAUAGGUCUGUUGGAAGCACCAUUUUUGAUGGCAAUUUGAAAUAUUUUUCUUAUUUGCAUAAAGUUUAACUUAACACAAAUGGAUUUACUAUGCAAUUUCCUCUGCACUUGGUUCCAGGUUGGUCCAACUUUCUUUUGUCGAGACUCAACUCAGUCGACCCUUCCCCACUAGUUGUGGCAGCGUACGUAAAACCAGCACACAUAAACAUUUCUGUUUUAUAAAAAUAAACUUUCUCUGUUUGAGAGCUCAGGGUUCUUAGCUAUUUAUCCUGCUGCUAAAGUUUUAAUGCCUCGAACUGGAUGAAGAAAUACAAAUGGGACUAGAUUAAGACAACAAAGAACUGAUCGCCACAAAACUGCAAAAUAAUGGCAUCUCUGUAAGGUAAGGAAAACCUGCGACACCGGAGCGACUGCACACUUAGUAACACUGUUAUGGCUUCUCUUUUCAUUAUGCUUAAAAUUAAUUCUUAGCAAAUGUGUAGGUGGGAUACUGUAAGUGCAGUGAAGUCAACUACGACUCGCGUUGGCCGUUCACGUGGUUUUCACACUAAGGGGAGGGUGUUGGAAAACUUUUGUGCAAUACAUUUUUUCAGUGAAGACAACAUGAUUUGUGCUUUGAAAACUUGAGCUACAUUUAUUUAACUAUAACCAUCUCUGCAAACGGCGCAGCAAACCGUAUCCACAGCAUCCAAAACAUCCAGUUUACUCAUAUACUGUACAUACAUGUACAGUUAAUAUAUUACAGGUAAUUACCGAGGAGGCACAGAUCAGGUGGUGAUCUACAGAAAUUUUACAAGAUCUCCACAUUUAUAU